CUACUGGUUACAGCGUUACUAUGUUCGGUUUUCGUGGUCCAGAACGCAGCGGCUCUCCGAUUCACCGUAGGCGAAGCGGCCGCCAAGCGUGCGCGAUUAAAGGCGGAGAGAGAGAGGGAGAGAGUGUGUGAAAGAAGCGUGCCGUGAAAUCGAUCGAAGGGUGACGAGAAAGGGAAAGGGGGAAGAAGCGGAAGCGGAGGGACCGAAUCAAAGGUGGGAUUUUGCGGUUCUCUUUUGCCUCCGCGGUGUUUGGUCAUCCUUAUCUUUCCUUGCCUGGUGGUUCUCGUUUGCGAAUGUUUGCUUUGUUUUGCCUCUGAACUAGCGAGCGGGGAGAGGGAGCAAGUCGCCGGUCUGUGGUGGAUCGUGGUGUCGUCGCUUUGUUUUAAUUGGAUUUGAUUUUGUUUGAUUUGAACGGCGUUCAUUGGAAGUUUGGCGGAGGAGGUAGAGGCACGGAGGCGAGGAAGAUGGGUGGUUCGGAGGAGACGUCCGGGUGGGCGCGGUCGUCUUCGGCGUCGCGUGCCGCGGGCGGCGGCGCUUUAAGCGGCAGUAUUGGCUUUUUCCGUGCGGCAACUGGAUGCAUCUCAGGUUGGGAUCAGGAGGAGGAGGAGGAGGAGGAAAAGGAGGAGUUUGUGAGGGAGGAGAAGGAGAAGCUACGCCGCUUGCUCUCCUCCUCCGGCGGCGGCAGCGGCGAUGGCGGUGGGGAUGUCAGUCUACGCGAAUGGCUCGACCGGCCGGGGCGGGCGGUGAACCACCUCGAGUGCCUGCACGUGUUCCGGCAGGUGGUGGAGGCGGUGGGCGCGGCGCAUGAGCAGGGCAUCGUCAUCGGCAACGUGCGGCCCUCUUGCUUCGUGAUGUCGCCUUCGAACCGCGUCUCGUUUAUCGAGUCCGCCUCCGGUUCCACCUCCUCCUCCUCAUCGUCCGAAGGCGAAGGCACUGAGGCGCAACCUGAAGGGCCUUCCUCCACUACCCAACGCAGGGACGCCGACGGCGGCUCUGGAGAAAACAACACCUUCCCGAUGAAGAGCAUCCUACUCAUGGAGUCGAACUGGUACUCCAGUCCCGAAGAAGUCGACGGCGCUCCAGGCACAUUUGCUUCCGACGUUUUCCGAUUAGGAGUCCUCCUGUUCGAGUUGUUCUGCACGUUCAACACUCAGGAGGAGAAGCUGACCAUCAUGGCGGACCUCCGAUAUCGUGUCCUUCCGCCACAGCUACUGCUAAACUGGCCAAAGGAAGCUUCUUUCUGCUUAUGGCUGUUGCACCCGCAGCCGGAUACCCGGCCGAAGAUGAGUGAAGUGUUGCAUAGUGAAUUCCUCAAUCAGAAGAUAAGUUUUUUGGAUGAGAGUCAAUCUGUAGCAAAGUUAUCUGAAGAGAUAGAAGAUCAAGAACUGCUUAGGGAGUUUCUUUUGCAUUUGCAGUAUCGAAAGCUAGAAGUUGCUCACAGGUUGCAUGAUACUGUCGCUUGUAUCUCCGCUGAUAUACAAGAGAUCCAAGAACAGAGGUCAAUCCUCAAAAAGAGUUCGUAUCUAAAAUUGGACAAAGAUGGUCACUCAUCGUCCUCGUGCUCAAAGUUUGAUCAAUCUGCACAAUAUGCUGUGGCCAACAUGGAUUCAUCUUGCCUUGGUGCAAGGAAACGUCUCAGACCAGAUUAUAAGAAAGCAAGUGGAAAUGAGCUCAAUAAUUUGGGUUCCGAGGAUCCAGGAUCAGUGACUGAACUGCAGAUUGAUCAGCAGAAUUUAGCGUCAAAGAGUUCUAGAUUGAUGAAAAACUUCAAAAAGUUGGAGGCAGCUUACUUUUCUGCAAGAUGCAAGCAAUCAAAAUCAACAAGCAGGCCGCCAAAUAAGCUCCUGCCAGUUACAAGCAACGGCACAGGAUCAGCUGUUUGGACCGAGCGGAGUUCAGUUGACGAUACAGUUCUUAAAGACGGACAUGGUGGUGGAAGGAAAAGUGAAUGGAUAAGUUCAUUUCUUGAGGACUUGAGCAAAUACUUGUCAUUCAGCAAGUUGAAAGUUAGGGCCGAUUUGAAGCAAGGUGAUUUGUUGAAUACCAUGAACUUAGUAUGUUCCAUUGGUUUCGAUAGGGACAAGGAGUUUUUUGCUACUGCCGGUGUGAAUAAGAAAAUUAAAGUCUUUGAAUGUGACAUGAUUCUAAAUAAAGAUCGAGAUAUUCAUUAUCCAGUUGUUGAAAUGGCUAAUAAAUCAAAACUCAGUUGUAUUUGCUGGAACAGUUAUAUCAAGAGCCAGAUAUCUUCGAGUGACUUCGAAGGUGUAGUACAGGUGUGGGAUGUUACAAGAAGUCAAAGUUUGGUCGAAAUGAAGGAACACGAGAGACGCGUAUGGUCUGUUGACUUUUCGCUUGCUGAUCCCACGAAGUUAGCUAGUGGAAGUGAUGAUGGUACUGUGAAGCUGUGGAGUAUCAAUAAGGCUGGAAGUAUUGGUACUAUCAGAACCAAGGCUAACGUGUGUUCUGUUCAAUUUCAUCCUGAUUCUGCGUACUCACUCGCAGUUGGUUCAGCUGAUCAUCAGGUCUACUGCUAUGACCUCCGUAACUUGAGGAUGCCUUCUUGUACGCUACCUGGUCACACGAAAACUGUGAGCUAUGUGAGGUAUCUGGAUGCAUCAAAUCUUGUCUCUUCAUCCACUGAUAAUUCGUUGAAACUUUGGAGUUUACCUACAUGUACAACAAGGGCACUUGACAAUAUACUUCAAACCUUUUCAGGUCAUACGAACAAUAAGAACUUUGUUGGGCUAUCUGUAUAUGAUGGAUACAUCGCCACCGGUUCGGAAACAAAUGAGUUGUAUCUUUCUCCUUAUCCUCAUUCAGCUCUUCGUCUACCACAAAGCUUUCCCUAUGCCAGUUCUCUCCUACAAAUUCAGCAACGCUGAUCCCAUAUCGGGCCAGGAAACUGAUGACGCGUCACAGUUCGUGUCGUGCGUCUGCUGGCGAGGUCAGUCAUCUACGUUGCUUGCUGCCAAUUCCAGUGGCAACAUCAAGUUCUUGGAGAUGGUCUAAUCCUUCAGCUCUGAGGAAGAAUGACUUUGCCUGAGAAAAUGAAGACACCACUGCUACUAAACUUUUGAAGCUCUGCAGCUUAACGACUAGAAGGUAGAUUGUGACCUUCGAUACAAUGAGAAGGCGAUGACCAAGAGCUAAUUAUUUUGUGUAAAGCUUUCAAUUUGGGCUAUAUAUACAUAUACAUAUGUAUAUACGAUUGGUGAGGGAUAAAUGUUCAUGGCAAUCAACAAAGUUAAUAUGUUGAAAUCUUCGGUUCGGGAU